AUGGCUCAGAGAGUAAGAAGGGCAGCAAGGUGUGGAAUUCUAGUUGCGGGUCCUGGUAAAAGUAACAUCCUGUUCCUCUACAUACACAAAGGCAAGUCAAAUGUGUCGUCGUUUCGAGGCACCUUCCUCCUCCAUGCUUUGUUUAAUAUGAUUGGAGAAGGAGAUGGUUUGGUGGGCUUUGAAAAGGAGAUAUACAAAGGGCACCUUCCUCCUCCAUUCCAUGUUUUGUUUAAUAUGAUUCGACAAGGUUUGGCGGAGGGCUUUGAAAAGGAGAUAUACAAAGGGCACCUUCCUUCUCCAUUCCAUGCUUUGGUUAAUAUGAUUCGACAAGGUUUGGUGGCGGGCUUUGAAAACGAAAUAUACAGACAAGUAUUGCUCGUGACCGAUGCGAUUCCAUACAAAAAAGUAAAGACAAAUAUCACAAGUCGGCUUUUAUGUAAGUCAGUCAUGAUCAUGAAAGAGAAAUCUAUAUAUAACUAUUGCACGCAAUCUGUAUAG